UUGAGGGGGACUGGCAGGUUUAUUGGGGUGUUUUGAGUAUUGAAGGCAAGUAUGUGUUCCUGGUUGGUAAAAAAUGCAUUUAGGUUUUUGGGGGUGAGUUUCUCGGACUAGAGAUGGAUACUGUAGGCGAGUAUCUGGAAAGGGAGUUGGAGGAGAGUACUGCAAGGGAGUUUCAGGGACUGGGUAAUGCGGAUGGGUUUCUGGAACAGGAGCUGGAAGGUACUGUGGGUAAGAUUCAGGGACUAGAGGUGGAGGAGAGUACCGCAGGGGAAUUUCAAGUGUUGGGUUCAGUGGGUCAGUUUCUGGAGUCAUGUACUCUGGGUGAAUUUCUGGGGCUGAAGCUGAAGGAUACUGUGCAUGAGCUUCAGGGGCUGGAGCUGCAUGGUACUGUGGGGGAAUUUCUGUGGCUGGAGCUGGACGAUGCUCUGGCUGCAUUUCUAGGGCUGGGUACUGUGGGUGAGUUUCAGGAGCAGGAGCUUGCGGGUACAGUGGGCGAGUUUCAGGAGCAGGAGCUUGCGGGUACAGUGGGCGAGUUUCAGGAGCAGGAGCUUCGGGGUACUGUAGGUGAGUUUCAGAAGCAGGAGCUUGCGGGUACUGUGGGCGAGUUUCAGGAGCAGGAGGAUACUGUGGGUGAGUUUCUGGGGCAGGAGGAUACUGUGGGUGAGUUUCUGGGGCAGGAGGAUACUGUGGGUGAGUUUCAGGAGCAGGAGCUGGAGGGUACUGUGAGUGAGUUUCAGGAGCAGGAGCUUGCGGGUACUGUGGGUGAGUUUCAGGAGCAGGAGCUGGAGGGUACUGUGGGCGAGUUUCUGGGGCAGGAGGAUACUGUGGGUGAGUUUCAGGAGCAGGAGCUUGCGGGUACUGUGGGUGAGUUUCUGGGGCAGGAGCUGGAGGGUACUGUGGGCGAGUUUCUGGGGCAGGAGCUGGAGGGUACUGUGGGCGAGUUUCAGGGGCAGGAGCUUGCGGGUACUGUGGGCGAGUUUCAGGGGCAGGAGAUUGCGGGUACAGUGGGUGAGUUUCAGGAGCAGGAGCUUGCGGGUACUGUGGGCGAGUUUCAGGAGCAGGAGGAUACUGUGGGUGAGUUUCUGGGGCAGGAGGAUACUGUGGGUGAGUUUCAGGAGCAGGAGGAUACUCUGGGUGAGUUUCAGGAGCAGGAGCUUGCGGGUACUGUGGGCGAGUUUCUGGGACAGGAGGAUACUCUGGGUGAGUUUCAGGAGCAGGAGGAUACUCUGGGUGAGUUUCAGGAGCAGGAGGAUACUGUGGGUGAGUUUCUGGGACAGGAGCUGGAGGGUACUGUGGGCGAGUUUCAGGAGCAGGAGCUUGUGGGUACAGUGGGCGAGUUUCAGGAGCAGGAGGAUACUGUGGGUGAGUUUCUGGGACAGGAGCUGGAGGGUACUGUGGGCGAGUUUCAGGAGCAGGAGCUUGUGGGUACAGUGGGCGAGUUUCAGGAGCAGGAGGGUACUGUAGGUGAGUUUCAGGAGCAGGAGCUUGCGGGUACAGUGGGCGGGUUUCAGGAGCAGGAGGGUACUGUGGGUGAGUUUCAGGAGCAGGAGAUUGCGGGUACAGUGGGUGAGUUUCAGGAGCAGGAGCAGGAGGAUACUGUGGGUGAGUUUCUGGGGCAGGAGGAUACUGUGGGUGAGUUUCUGGGGCAGGAGCUUGCGGGUACUGUGGGCGAGUUUCAGGAGCAGGAGGGUACUGUGGGCGAGUUUCUGGGGCAGGAGGGUACUGUGGGCGAGUUUCUGGGGCAGGAGGAUACUCUGGGUGAGUUUCAGGAGCAGGAGGAUACUGUGGGUGAGUUUCUGGGACAGGAGCUGGAGGGUACUGUGGGCGAGUUUCAGGAGCAGGAGCUUGUGGGUACAGUGGGCGAGUUUCAGGAGCAGGAGCUUGUGGGUACAGUGGGCGAGUUUCAGGAGCAGGAGGGUACUGUAGGUGAGUUUCAGGAGCAGGAGCUUGCGGGUACAGUGGGCGGGUUUCAGGAGCAGGAGGGUACUGUGGGUGAGUUUCUGGGGCAGGAGCUUGCGGGUACUGUGGGCGAGUUUCAGGAGCAGGAGCUUGCGGGUACAGUGGGCGGGUUUCAGGAGCAGGAGGGUACUGUGGGUGAGUUUCUGGGGCAGGAGCUGGAGGGUACUGUGGGCGAGUUUCAGGAGCAGGAGGGUACUGUAGGUGAGUUUCAGGAGCAGGAGCUUGUGGGUACUGUGGGUGAGUUUCAGGAGCAGGAGCUGGAGGGUACUGUGGGCGAGUUUCUGGGGCAGGAGCUGGAGGGUACUGUGGGCGAGUUUCAGGAGCAGGAGGGUACUGUGGGUGAGUUUCAGGGGCAGGAGCAGGAGGGUACUGUGGGUGAGUUUCAGGAGCAGGAGCUGGAGGGCACAGUGGGCGAGUUUCUGGGGCAGGAGCUGGAGGGUACUGUGGGCGAGUUUCUGGGGCAGGAGCUGGAGGGUACUGUGGGCGAGUUUCAGGAGCAGGAGGAUACUGUGGGUGAGUUUCAGGAGUAGGAGCUGGAGGGUACUGUGGGCGAGUUUCAGGAGCAGGAGCUUGCGGGUACUGUGGGCGAGUUUCUGGGACUGGAGCUGAAGGGUGCUG